AUGAGAGGAGUAUUAUGUGGACCAAGGCCGAUUGAUCAUCCAGAAGAAGAUGAAAGUAGAGGAAGUGAAGGACGAGGAGAAAGGGGAAAAUCACCAUCGCCACCACUACCACCACCAGGAACACCACUACUACCACCAGAUAUGGUAGAUGACUCACAGUCUAGUUCUUCAAGAAACAAACAAACCUCUGAAAAAUCCAAACAAGAGACAUCUAAUAAAAGAGAUUCUGAAAGUAAAAAUCUUGAUAUGAAUCGAAAUUCUCGCAAUACAAGUGAUACUGGAUUUGCUGUAGUGAAGAAAGAAUCUAAAAAAUCCAGUCAAUACACUGGUAUAAGUGAUAUCAAAGGCAGAGGUUAUCAAACUUUCUAUGGUGUGCGUAAACGUGGAGGUCAAUCCCAUCUGCGAACCACUUAUAGAAAACGUUCUGGUUAUAGAAUGGGACACCGAAGACAACUGGAUUCAACCUUUGAUGUUUACGGUAAUUCGAAUAGUUUUGAUCGACAGAAAGUAUAUGAUGUUUUCGAUGAAAACAGUAAUAUUCAUGAACAUCGUAGACGUAGUGAAACAGGUUCAAAUAUGAAAGAUUACAGACGUCUAGAUUUAGGUACAGAAAAUGCAAGUGAUAUGAAGGUAGAUAUUACGGAACGAAAUGGAGCUGAAACAAAUACUGACAGAGCUAGUGAUUCCAGUUCGGAGUGGAGUAAAGACAAAACCUUUAAUAAUCAAAGAAUGCGAUGA